AUGGCUCAGAUGCAGGAUGAGCAGGGAGGGGGCGCGCCCUUGACGGCGGAAGGCAAGUCGGAGGCGGAGGUUAAGCUCAUUCUGUAUCACUGGACACAUUCCUUCAGCUCCCAAAAGGUGCGCUUGGUAAUUGCUGAAAAGGCACUGAAGUGCGAGGAACAUGAUGUAAGUCUGCCCCUGAGUGAGCACAAUGAGCCUUGGUUUAUGCGUUUGAACUCAACUGGAGAAGUGCCCGUCCUUAUCCACGGGGAAAGCAUUAUUUGUGAGGCCACUCAGAUCAUUGAUUAUCUUGAACAGACUUUCCUGGAUGAAAAAACGCCCAGGUUAAUGCCUGACAAAGGAAGCAUGUAUUACCCACGGGUCCAACACUAUCGGGAACUGCUCGACUCCUUGCCAAUGGAUGCUUAUACGCAUGGCUGCAUUUUGCACCCGGAGCUGACCGUGGACUCCAUGAUCCCAGCUUAUGCAACAACAAGGAUUCGCAGCCAAAUUGGUAACACAGAGUCCGAACUGAAGAAACUCGCUGAAGAAAACCCAGAUUUGCAAGAGGCCUACAUCGCAAAGCAGAAGCGACUGAAAUCAAAGCUGCUGGACCAUGACAAUGUCAAAUAUUUGAAGAAAAUUCUGGAUGAGUUGGAGAAAGUCUUGGAUCAGGUUGAAACGGAGUUGCAAAGAAGAAACGAAGAAACCCCAGCUUACAUCCAGUCUACCAAUGUAAUAAUACCUCAUCUGGUGCCAAAGAUAACAGAGGACUUGGCAGAACUGGCUGCCUACACAGCGUAUCAACAACAGAGCUGA